AUGCCGCAACACAUUGCGUUCAUCCUGGAUGGGAAUCGCAGAUACGCCAAGAAACAUAACCUCAAGAUGGGCGCCGGUCAUACCGUCGGUUUCAACUCUCUUGUCGCUGUUCUUCGAUACUGCUAUGAGUUGGGCGUGAAGCAGGUAACCGUGUAUGCUUUCAGCAUCGACAACUUCAGGCGGAAACCGGAGGAGGUUAAGGGCCUUAUGGCGUUGAUGAAGGAGAAGAUCGAUGAGUUGUUGGAUGAAGACACCAUCGUACACAAGUUCGGAUUGAGGAUCAACUUCUGGGGAUGCCUGCACAUGUUGAGCGAGCCGGCGAGGGCGGCGGCCGAGAGGGCGAUGGCGGCCACCGCCAAUAACACUGGACCGGUUCUCUCUGUCUGCGUUGCCUACACUUCCACUGACGAGAUCUUGCGUGCCAUAAAAAAAUCGUGCUCGAAAAAGACAGCAGAGGGGUGUCUCAGAUUCACUGGCGAUCCAGUUCGCGACGGUGCAUGCAGUGCCAUCGCUGUGGCUGAUCUGGAAGAGAACCUUGACAGCGCCGAUUGCCCGGACCCUGACAUCCUCAUCAGGACAUCAGGGGAGACUCGGCUCAGUAAUUUUCUGCUGUGGCAGAGUACGUUGACCCACUUGCAGAACCCGCUUCCUCUAUGGCCUGAGUUCUCGCUGAGAAACCUGAUCUGGGCCAUCCUGGAGUACCAGAGGGUCUACCCUUACUUGGAAGCAAGGAGACGUAGUCUGGCCAAGAAGCAUAACUAA